GCAAAUUAACGAUGACGUCACAGCGGGAUGAUGGUGAUCGGUAACAGGUCGCAAAUAAACGAUGACAUCAGCGCGAUGGUGAUCGAUAACAGGUUGCAAAUAAACGAUGACGUCAACGGGAAUAGUGAUCGUGAUUGGUCGAUUAAUUACGACGAUCGAUCGAACGACGAAACUGCCAUCGAUCGAACGACGAAUUUUCCUUGUCAACGGGAGGUUGCGAAUCUGGCAAAGAACUUAGAUGAAACGAGCCGAGCACUUAAGGAGAUGGAAACAAGGCUGGAAAUCACACAGCGAAGAGAGCGAAGGGCAAGGGAGAGACUGCAAGAACUGCACGACGACAAACGGAAACUGAGGGACAGAGUCAAGGCAGCUAUAUUGCAGAUGGAAAUUUUGGAAUGCGACAAACGAAGGGCGGAGGAAUUGGCGGCUAUGGCAAAAGAGGCGUUAUCGAAUGCAGAAGCGGAGACGGUAACGCCGGCUUCGAUAGCCAUGAGCAAAAAUUAUGAGAGAGUUGGAUUUGUGGAGCCGCUGCCGCGAGGCGGAGGGGGAUUCGUUGAACGGCAAGGAACUAUGGAGGUAGAGGCGGACAAUGAGGAUCAGGUGGAGAGUGGAAGGGCAUGCCGCUUCUCCCGCUGCGAAGGAGGAGAUGUGAAUAUGAGGGGCGCCAAGGAGGUUGUGCUGCUGGGGUGGAUUACCACAGGGUUGCUGAGCUUGCUGAUGAUUGAGUUUGUUCUCCAUGAUGGCGUCUCGUUAAGUUUGGUCGCGACAUUCAUUUCGGUCUAUGUUGUGGUAGUUGGGUUUGCCUUCGGCAGCGCGGAGGCUGUGGGGGGCUUGGCAGUCGCAGCUGUAUGUCUGAACUCGUUCGCUUUGGGGUUGUUGUUGUGCCGGCAUUCUUUGGGAAAUGCUUUGCUUGGAGGGGUGGUAAGGACCUUCAAAGGGCUAGAUUACAUGAUGCAGGCCAUCUUCUCAGAGCCUGCCGUUCCUCAGCCUGCAAUUGGACGGACGACUCAAUAACGACGCUUUUGUGUCCGUGUGUGUGUGUGUGUGUGUGUGUGUGUGUGUGUGUGGGUGGGUGGGUGGGUGUGUAAAUUUGGAGUAUGGGAAGCGGAAGCGGGGUGUGUGAGUGCACGUGCCUGUGCGUGUUGUGUAGAGUAGAAGGAAGGGGGGCGAGGUGGUGUGUAUGCGUGGCCGUGUGUGAGUUGGGAGGGCGCAGGGUGGACGAGGGGGCGGUGAGGGGUAGGAGCAGAACUGAGAAUGUAGGGUGAUUAUAAUGCGCAGAAGUAAUAGACAAGGCGGUCAGGGGGAGGUAGGGAUAAGGGGUGGGAAUGUGGAAGAGGGAAGAAUGAGGGGGGGGGAGUGGGGAGGAGUCGUACAUGUGUCGGACGAGGAUGUAUCGCAAUUGCAGUCGGACGAGGCUGUAUAUGACCAUAAUUAUGUCCCGGUUCAUUCGAAAAAAGUCCUUGUGUGAGCUGUCAGCUGCUGCCUGGGAGAGGGUAGGAGAACUGCUCCCGAGUUUGAACCCAAGUCUUUUCCUUUCGGGACCACGGGUACCCUUGCCAGCCUUCCAGUUUGAACCCAUCUUUUUUAUUUUUUUGUUGGGACCAUCGGUACCCUUGCCAGCCUUCCAGUUUGAACCCAUCUUUUUUAUUUUUUUGUUGGGACCAUCGGUACCCUUGCCAGCCUUGUUUGAACCCAUCUUUUUUUUUUUUGUUGGGACCGCUCGUACCCUUGCCUGCCUUUCAGUUUGAACCCAUGUCUUUCCGCUUGGGACUGCUGGUACUCUUUUAUCUUUGGGACCAUCGGUACCCUUGCCGGCUUUUCAGUUCGAACCCAAGUCUUUUAUCUUGGGACCGCCGGUACCCUUGCGCUGGCGAGCCUUUCAGUUUGAACCGGCCGGUUGACACGGUGCAGGGGAUCUGGUCCCAACUUCCUCCCAAGUCUUUUCUCUUGGGACUUGGGAUCGCCGCCGGAAUCCUCGCCAGCCUUCCAGUUUGAACCUGCUGGUUCACAUGGUGCAGGUACAGGUACAGGUGCAGGGUUCAAUUCUUUGCGGGGGAAGAGGCUGACAGUGUCAGGGAAAUUGCACAUGGCGAUGGUUUGGAAUUUUCAGGGGCGGGAAAGAAAGCGGAUUGGAAGACGGUGGCGUGUAGAGAAGGUACCGGCGGUUCAUUUCAAUUAUUUGCGUGUCUGUGUUCGCCUCUGGUGUGUGUGGAGAGCAUACGGAUGGGUGCAGAUUAUAAAGUUUUUCAAUGUGUUAUGUGCCAGGGUUAUGGCCAUUGAGAGAGAUCUGCCAGAGCUUAUGACUA